AUGAGUGCUGCCUUCGCAAGGAGUGCUGCUUUCGCAAGGAGUGCUGCCUUCGCAGGGAGUGCUGCAUCCGCAACGAGUGCUGCCUUCGCAAGGUGUGCUGCCUUCGCAAGGAGUGCUGCCUUUGCAAGGAGCGCUGCCAUCACAAGGAGUGCUGCCUUCGCUAGGAGUGCUGCCUUCGCAAGGAGGGCUGCCUUCGCAAAGAGGGAGUACUGCCUUUGCAACGAGUGCUGCCUUCCAAUGAGUGCUGCCUUUGCAAGGAUUGCUGCCUUCGCAAGGAGUGCUGCCUUCGCAAGGAGUGCUGCCUUCGCAUCGAGGGCUGCCUUUGUAGGGAGUGCUGUCUUCAUAAGGGGUUUUGCAUUCGCCAGGAGUGCUGCCUUUGCAAGGAGUGCUGCCUUCGCAAGGAGAAAUGCCUUCGCAAGGAGUGCUGCCUUCGCAAGGAGUGCUGCCUUUGCACAGAGUGCUGCCUUUGCAGGGAGUGCUGCCUUUGCACAGAGUGCUGCCUCCUCAAGGAGUGCUGCCUUUGCAAGGAUUCCUGCCUUCGCAACGAGUGCUGCCUUCGCUAGGAGUGCUGCCUUUGCUAGGAGUGCUGCCAUCGCUAGGAGUGCUGCCUUCGCAGGGAGAGCUGCCUACGCAAGGAGUGCUGCCUUCGCAAGGAGAGCUGCCUUCACAAGGAGUGCUGCCUCCACAAGGAGUGCUGCCUUCGCAAGGAGUGCUGCCUUCGCAAGGAGUGCAGCCUUCGCACGUAGUGCUGCCUUCCCACGGAGUGCUGCCUUUGCACAGAGAUCUGCAUUCGCAGGGUGUGGUGCCUUCGCAAGGUGUGCUGCCUUCGGUAGGAGUGCUGCCUUCAAAAGGAGUGCUGCCUUCGCAAGGAGUACUGCCUUCGAAAGGAGUGCUGCCUUCGGAAGGAGUGCUGCCUUCGCUAGGAGUGUUGUCUUCACAAGGAGGGCUGCCUCCGAAAGGAGGGCUGCCUUCGCAGGGAGUGCUGCCUUCGCAAGGGGUAAUGCAUUUUCAAGUAGUGCUGCCUUCUCAGGGAGUACUGCCUUUGCAACGAGUGCUGCCUCCCAAUGA